UUUUCGAAGUGAAAAUUUAGGUACGAAUCUGUCGAUUACUGUAAAGUGAGCUAGGCAUGUAUCAAAUGAUUGUAAGUCGAUGAUAAGUUUGAAAAAAAAAAUCCCUAAAUAAAACGCGCCGAACUGCGGCAGCACUCUACCCGCCACUCUUGUUACCGGAACUAGGGAGAGGAAGAGGCUUGCUGAGAGGAGAAGGGAAGAAAGGAGGAGCCGUGGAGGAAUGGCAGACGAAUUCAAGGGUUUGGCUCGGUUGCCGGGUUUCGUCGUCCCACGGCGAUACGAUCUCAGGCUGAAGCCCGACCUCUCCACUUGCAAAUUUGAUGGGUUCGUCGAAAUUGAUGUCGAAAUCCUGCAGGAGACGCGGAACAUCGUCCUCAACGCGGCCGAUCUAAGCGUCUCCAAUGACGGGAAUUCUCUGUGGCUCAAGAAGUCGGAGAACGGCGCCGCGUCCGUCGUUCUCCGUCCAUCGAGCGUCAACCUCUUCGAGGAGAACGAUAUCUUGGCUUUGGGUUUCGAUGACGUUCUGCCCCUCGGGAAGGCAACGCUGGGGAUUGGGUUCCAAGGCGUUCUCAAUGAUCAGAUGAAAGGCUUUUAUAGAAGUACUUUUGUCCUAAAUGGAGAGAAGCGAAACAUGGCUGUAACACAGUUCGAGCCCGCCGAUGCUCGCCGGUGUUUCCCUUGUUGGGACGAGCCUGCAAUCAAGGCCACAUUCAAGUUAACAGUUGAAGCACCUUUGGACAUGAUAGCGUUGUCUAAUAUGCCAGUUCUUGAUGAGAGGAUUGAUGGCCCAACUAAGAUUUUUUGUUUUGAGGAAACACCAAUCAUGUCAACUUAUUUAGUUGCUAUUGUUGUUGGCGUGUUUGAGUACAUUGAAGACAUAACAUCAGAUGGGACAAAGGUGCGUGUAUAUUGUCAAGUUGGCAAGACAGAUCAAGGGAAGUUUGCAUUAAGCGUAGCUGUAAAGACACUUGGCCUGUACAAUGAAUACUUUUCAAUUCCUUAUGCUCUUCCUAAGCUUGACAUGAUUGCUAUUCCUGAUUUUGCUGCUGGGGCUAUGGAGAACUAUGGUCUAGUUACAUAUCGUGAAAAUGCAUUGCUUUAUGAUGAGCGGCAUUCUGCUGCAGCUAACAAACAAAGGGUUGCAAUUGUUGUGGCGCAUGAGCUAGCACACCAAUGGUUUGGAAACCUUGUGACAAUGGAAUGGUGGACACACUUGUGGCUCAAUGAAGGUUUUGCAACAUGGGUUAGUUAUUUAGCUACCGAUGUGUUGUUUCCCGAGUGGAAUAUUUGGACUCAAUUUCUGGACCAGUCAACUGAGGGGCUCAGGCUUGAUGCGUUGGCAGAAUCACAUCCUAUUGAAGUGGAGAUUCACCAUGCCAGAGAGAUUGAUGAAAUAUUUGAUGCAAUAAGCUACAAAAAAGGGGCCUCUCUUAUCAGGAUGCUGCAAAGUUAUCUCGGUGCUGAAACAUUUCAGAGGUCUUUAGCUGCAUAUAUAAAGAAGUAUGCUUGCAUGAAUGCAAAGACGGAUGACUUAUGGGCCGUGCUUUCAGAAGGAUCUGGACAGCCAGUAAAUGAGCUAAUGGACUCAUGGACAAAGCAAAAAGGUUAUCCAGUUAUUCAUGUUAAAGUAGGUGAGAAUACAUUGGAGUUUGAGCAGACACAAUUCUUAUCAAGUGGUUCUGUUGGGGGUGGCCAAUGGAUUGUUCCUAUAACUUUGUCCUGUGGUUCAUAUGAUAACCGUAUGUCCUUUUUGUUCGAUAAGCAGCACAAAGUUGUGUCUUCAUCUGAAUUGCUGAGGCUUACAUCUGGAAAUCCCAAUGUUUUUGGGAAAUGUGUUUCUGAACAUGAAAAGCGAAGCUCUUGGUUGAAGGUUAACAUUGAGCAGACUGGCUUUUACAGGGUGAAGUACGACGAUGAGCUUUCCAGUAGGCUUAGAAUUGCAAUAGAGGCAAAGUGCCUAACUGCAACAGACCGAUUUGGUAUCUUGGAUGACUCAUAUGCUCUGUGUAGAGCUAGCAAGCAGUCCUUGUCCUCUUUGCUCAUCUUGAUGGAUGCAUACAGGGAUGAACUUGAUUACACUGUUUUGUCAUGCUUGAUUAAUAUAAGUCAAAAAAUUGCAAAGAUAGCAAGUGAUGCAGUCCCAGAAUCAUAUGGUAACCUUAAACACUUCCUCAUCAAUCUCUUGCGUUUUUCUGCUGAAAAACUGGGUUGGGAACCCAGACCAGGUGACAGCCAUUCUGACUCAAUGUUACGGGGGGAGCUCUUGACAGCCUUAGCUUUAUUUGGAGAUGAUGCAAUACAAACUGAAGCCAUUAGGCGUUUCAAUGCCUUUGUGGAAGAUAGAAGUACACCACUUCUACCACCUGACACCAGAAAGGCAGCCUAUGUUGCCAUCAUGCAAAAUGUCUGUACGUCAAAGAGAUCUGGGUAUGAAUCUCUAUUACAAAUUUAUAGGGAGAGUGAUCUAAGCCAAGAGAAAGGACGUGUACUGAGUUCACUAGCAUGCUGCCCAGAUCCAGAUAUUGUUCUUGAGGCUUUGAACUUUCUAUUAUCUCCUGAGGUUCGUAGCCAAGAUGUUGUUUAUGGACUGGCAGGAAUAAACAAAGGAGGGCGUGAUGUUGCAUGGCAGUGGAUGAAGGAGAAAUGGGACCACAUUUCUGCAACAUGGGGCUCUGGGUUUCUCAUUACCCGUUUUGUUUCUGCUGUUGCUUCUCAGUUCUCUAGUCAUGACAAGGCUCUGGAAGUUGAAGAGUUUUUUGCAAGCCGUACUAAACCUUCAAUUGCACGGACUGUCAAGCAAAGCAUUGAACGCAUCCGGGUUGAUGCCCAGUGGGUUAAGAGCGUGCAAGAGGAACAAUUGUUAGACGCUCUCAUCAGUGAACUCGCUAACAAGAGAUCUUGAAUUUCCAGUAAUUUUCUCUGUUGCACUGCCCAGAGGAACAGUUAAAGAGUAUUCUGUUUUGUGAAUUAUCUAUGAUAUUAGAAAUAAAGGUCCAUAUAUCCACGUUAACACAUGAGGGUUUGUCGUUUGGUGGUGAUCUGACAUCCAUUAUACGACAUGCUAGGAGGAUAUGCUUUGGCACGACUCUCCGCUAAAGUGUUGGGGGUCAUGCUUGGGUUUUUUAUGUGGCAUUGGAUGCUUCCUUUUCUUGGUUUUAAGAUAAUUUUCCGAUGAUGGUUUCUUGCAUUUGUUGGAUUCUUUGGCGAACAUUUUACAAAAAGUACACUCAAGCUUUGAUGGAAUAACAAAAAUGCACUUCAACUUUGUUUUGUUUCA